AUGAUGAAAAGAACAUCCUCCUUUGGAAAGCGUCGCAGUAAGACACACACUUUGUGCCGUCGAUGUGGGUCCAAGGCCUAUCAUCUCCAGAAGUCCACCUGUGGAAAAUGUGGAUAUCCUGCUAAGCGCAAGAGAAAGUAUAACUGGAGUGCUAAGGCCAAGGGGCGCAAUACUACCGGAACUGGCCAUAUGAGGCAUCUGAAAAAGGUCUACCGCAGAUUCAGGAAUGGAUUCUGUGAAGGAACAGCGCCAAAGCCCAAGAGAGCUGCUGUUGCAGCAUCCAGCUCAUCUUAA